AUGGGGAGUGGAAUGAGCAAGGUUGUCACAGGCCUCUACCUCGGGAAUAUCCGUGACUCUGAGGACCAUGAAAACCUACUGAAGAAUGGGGUGACCCACAUCCUCUCUGUCUACAACGGCGCAAAGCCCGUGCUGGAGGACAUGACCUAUCUGUGUAUCUCGGCCUCAGAUUCCUCCAGUCAAAACCUGCUGCAGCAUUUUAAGGAGAGCAUCAAGUUCAUCCACGAAUGCCGGCUUGGUGGGGGAGGCUGCCUUGUCCAUUGCCUGGCCGGGGUCUCCCGCAGCACCACCAUCCUGGUGGCUUAUCUGAUGACAGUGACAGAGCUGGGCUGGGAGAGCUGCCUGGCUGCCACCAAGGCUGUGAGACCCUACGUCAGCCCCAACUCUGGCUUCCAGCAGCAGCUGCAGGAAUACGAGAGGACCCUGCUACAGGAGUAUCGUGCCUGGAUCCGCCGUGACUAUGGCAGGAACCCAUUCCAGGACCAGGAGGAGCUGCAGCGCUUGCUGGGCCAGCAGAAGCAGGGGCAGAAGGAGCAGCAGCUGGGGAGCUCCUGGUUCCGCUCUGCAGCUCCCACCUACCCACCUCCCUGCCACACCGGUGGCACUGGCGGCAGCAGAUGGAUGAACAGAUAA